AACCAGCAAGAAAUGGCGCGAAGUGCACUCUCUUUCCCGGGCUAUGUUACCGCACUUGGCUUCCUCACCCUCCUCCUCUUGCUACUUCCUCUCCGUUCAAUCGCCGGCCGCCACGACUACCACGACGCCCUCAGGAAAAGCAUCCUCUUCUUCGAGGGCCAACGAUCGGGGAAGCUUCCGCCAGAUCAACGUGUCCGAUGGCGCAGGAACUCCGCGUUGCACGACGGGGCCACCGCUGGGGUGGACUUAACCGGUGGAUACUACGACGCCGGGGACAACAUUAAGUUCGGGUUCCCAAUGGCAUUUACCACGACGAUGCUGUCCUGGAGUGUAAUAGACUUCGGGAGGACAAUGGGGCCGGAGCUGAGGAACGCCGUCAGGGCCGUUAAGUGGGGGACGGAUUACCUCUUGAAGGCAACGGCGGUACCGGACGUCGUUUACGUGCAGGUGGGUGACGCCUACUCAGAUCACAACUGCUGGGAGAGACCAGAGGACAUGGAUACGCUUCGUACAGUGUAUAAGAUCGACAGGGCCCACCCGGGCUCUGACGUGGCGGGAGAAACCGCCGCUGCGCUGGCCGCUGCGUCCAUUGUGUUCAGAUCACGUGACCCCUCUUACUCCAGAUUGCUUCUCAAUCGUGCCGUUAGGGUGUUCGAGUUUGCUGACAGACACCGGGGUGCGUACAGCUCGAGCCUGCACUCUGCAGUAUGCCCUUUUUACUGCGACGUCAACGGUUACCAGGACGAGUUGCUUUGGGCAGCGGUGUGGUUGCACAAGGCCUCGAGGAGGCGCGAAUACAGAGAGUACAUAGCGAAGAACGAGGUGAUAUUGAGAGCCGGGGAUACCAUCAACGAGUUUGGUUGGGAUAACAAGCAUGCUGGGAUUAAUGUGCUUAUUUCCAAGGAAGUAUUGAGGGGAAGGGCAGAUUAUUUCAAGUCCUUCCAGCAAAAUGCAGAUGGAUUUAUUUGUUCUUUAUUGCCUGGAAUUUCUCAUCCUCAAGUCCAAUAUUCCCCAGGUGGGCUGAUCUUCAAGGCUGGAGGGAGUAACAUGCAGCAUGUAACGUCAUUGUCUUUCCUGCUUCUGGCUUAUUCUAAUUAUCUAAGCCAUGCCAAUAAGAUUGUACCAUGUGGCGAGACAUCAGCCUCCUCUGCUCUGCUCAAGCGACUGGCUAAACGUCAGGUUGACUACAUUCUUGGAGAUAAUCCACUCGGAAUGUCGUACAUGGUUGGAUAUGGCGCACGUUACCCACAGAGGAUACACCAUAGGGCCAGCUCACUACCUUCGGUUGGGGCUCACCCUGUCCACAUUGGUUGCAAAGCGGGUUCUCGAUAUUUCCUAAGUCCAAAUCCCAACCCCAAUCAGCUGGUUGGAGCCGUGGUGGGUGGGCCCAAUAGCUCAGAUGCCUUUCCUGACUCUAGGCCCUUCUUUCAAGAGUCCGAGCCGACAACAUACAUCAAUGCGCCUCUGGUGGGCCUGCUUGCAUUCUUUUCAUACCAUCCUUGAUUUCUCCACCGAAAAACAGAAAAGAAGAAAGGAAUGUGAGGAAAAGGACAAGCUUUUAGUGGUGUGCAAAGGUGUCACCCUUCCCCCCACCCCCCAAUUAUUGUGAGUUAAGAUUCUAACUGUACCCCUAAUCAUGAAUGUAAGAAAUCAAAAGGCUGUAUUUAUGCACAAAUGGUAUCAAUACAGCUGUCCCUAUGAAUAAUUAAUGACACGUAUUAAAAAUUCAGUGCUUGCACC